AUGUUUUCUGUUAACAGGCAAAGAUUUUUUGUGUGUUCGAACUACCCCUUUCGACACUUGGGGGUUGUCCUUUCCUGCGCCAGCGUUGUGUCUUCGGCUGGUGUCCUGCAAGGGUGUCGCGGUUCGCCGUCGGCGUCGUGCAUUCCGCCGUGCUUCUUCUCUACCCUGGGGCGAACCAAUCACACACGGCAGCAAAAGCGCCAGAGACUCGUUGCCCAAGAGCGGCAAUUCCCCCGCCCCGACGACUAUUUAAAGUUGCGGCGCGCAGCUUCGCAUGAGUUCACUUCUGGUCGGUCCGUUGUCCGCUCGAUCUUCUUGGUGUCGACCUCCUGGACAAUAAAUCGCGAACGAACAGCAACACCACAAAGACAUCGAUCGGCGACCGUGAGCCAGUGCGGAGUACUUCGUCGCCGUCCCCCAGAUCUGCAGCGAGGACGCGCCAUGUCGGCGUGGACUCAACGAAUCGAGCUGGGCCCGGCCCUGUUCCUCCUUAUCGCCCUGCUGGUGCCCCAAGCAGCCAUAGCCGCCCCGUUUGAACAGCAACAACAACAACAACAACAACACGACACGACAGAUAUCGAAUACUAUCCGGUUGCGGAUUCGACUGGUUGCUACUACAACUUCCAACAUUACGACGAAGGAGACAGGAUAAUCACGAACGAACCAUGUUUGAAUUGUACUUGCCAUAACAGGAUGCUCAUGUGCUAUCUUAGAGUAUGUCCGUUUACCAAAGCGAUCGGUCAAGAUUGUAAAGUCGAGAAAAGAUCAGAUCAGUGCUGUCCUGUUAUAACCUGCCCUGAAGUACCGGUGCAGCUCUUGCCAUCAACCACCCAAUCUUCAACGGCAGUCGGACAUUUAGACGCUUACGGUUGCUCGAUCGACGGUCUGUUUUAUACAGACGGUGCUAGAGUACCAUCCGAUCCAAAUAAGCCAUGCGAACUCUGUUAUUGCAUUAGAAACAAGACGGCUUGUGUCAUGCAGCAAUGUACGCUCGAAGUCGAAGGAUGCAAACCAGUUUAUCAGGAAGGUGUAUGUUGUCCAGUUCGAUACAAUUGCGAACACCCAGAUUAUAACCUUCUCGAAACGACAACUAGACGAUUGAUAACGACGACGGCAUUACCCACAACGACUCUUGCUGGACCUGUUGAUUGUAUCUACAAUAAUGAAGUUUACGCAGAUGGAGCUCUCAUUGUGAGCGACAAUCGUUGCGAACGAUGCUACUGUAUGAAAGGUGAUAUAGUGUGUGCCGUCCAAAAAUGUAAUCCCACACCACUGGAUAAAGUUAACUGCACUGCAUUACCUCCCAAGGAAGGACAAUGUUGUCCGGACUCUUAUGAAUGCGAACAUAUGGUAGAAGAAGAAUUAACAACCGGCUAUUUAUACACGACUCCACCAGCUGUAAGACUGGAUGAAUCGACAAUUCAACCUGGAAUUGAAUCUAAACCAGAAGACGUAGGUGUUACACCAUCUGUGCCAGAAGAUGAGAACGAAAUUACACCAGAAAGAGGUGAAGAAUCUACUGCCCCCACAACCGAUAAGGAAGGUGAAGUUGUACAAGAACCGGUUACGGUAAUGCCAAGCGGUGUUGACAAAGAAUAUUCGCAAGAACCGUCGGAACCUGGCGUUACACCAUACCAGGAACUAGAGCACUUUACUGAAGGCGCCGUGCAAGAAACUGAAAAACCAAUAGAACAAGAGCAAGAAACGGAACAUCCGGAAAUACAGCAGAUACCUGAACAAGAUGUAGACUUCAAUGAAAUUCCAGAAGAACACGAAAUUGUAACAGCUGGCCCUCAUAUACCUGCUCAUGAUGAUUUUGAACAUCCAGAAGAAGGCGAAGACACUGAAGAACAUGAAGGCGGUUCCGGUCAAGGUAUUGCACAAGAACCUGAAGUUACAGAAGUACCACAUAUUAUUGAAGGCGAAGGAACAGAAGUACCUUCCACAGAAACACAGCGACCAACGGGUGUUCACCCUACCGGAGCACCUCAAGUACCUGUUACGGAAGGCGAAGAAGCUGCAGGUACAGAAGCUCCACAGAAACCCGAAACAGAAUUACCUCAUGUCGUGACCGAAAAACCACAAUAUAUUCCUACAGAAGAAGGUACUGAACUCCCCAAAACACACGUCACUGAACCUGAAACUGAAGGUGAACAAACUGAAGCCGGAAUUACGAAAUUACCACCAAUACCAGUAACGGAGGAAGAACACAGGGUAACCGAAACUCCUCAGCAUGUGACUGAAAUUGCUCAACAGCCAGAACAUGUUCCUGCCGAGGAAGCCGAGCCUACAGCUAAACCUACAAUUGAGGGCGAGCCACAGACAGAACGUCCAGGAGAACAAGUUACUACUGAACGAGAACAUCCACACGUGAUUGAACAUGUUACAGAAAUGGCACCCGAAAUUGGUACAGGUUUACCGCAUGAAAUGGAAGUUGUAACUGAUGUUAAAGGUAUACAAGAGCCUGAAGAGCAUGUAACGGAACUAGAACCUGAAAAAGGUGAAGUACCCGAAGUACCACAAGUACCGGUCACUGAAGAAGCUGAGACAGGCGUAACUACAACGCCACUAGAACAUGUACCUAAACACGAAGGAGAAGACGAAGAAAAGGAUCACGGUACAGAACAACCCACUAAAGAAAUUCAAGUUACUGAAGCACCACACGAAACUGCUGAAACAGUUAAACCAUCAUAUCCUGUUACUCCAGAAGGUCAAAUUACGGAACAACCUGAAUCACAUGUGACUGAAGAAACUGAAAAGGUUACAGAAGUACCACAUGAACCAGUUGUCAGUGAUGAAAUCACUGAAACACCGCAAGAGGAUGUAGAACAGAAACUUACUGAAAUGCCGCAUAAAGAUAUAAUGCAUCCAACGGAAAUUCCUCAAGAACAAAUCACUGAAGAAAAAGAAAGUGAAAUACCAAAAGAGCAUGCAACUAAAGCUCCUGCUGUAGAAGGUGAAGUUACUGAACUACCAAAAGAUUAUAGCACACAAGUGCCCGAGAAGGAAGAAAGUACUGAAUUACCGACAGAUCAUAUAGAGGGAGAAGAGGGAACAGACGUGCCUCAGGAACAUGUUACAAAAGUGCCCGGUGUACACGGUGAGAGUACAGAAAUACCUAAAGAGGAUGAAAGUGUAACCACAGAAGGACCGAAACCAGUAGCAACUGAAGCUCCAUCUGACGAAAAAUUGCCCGAAACAGAAACUACUGAUGAAGAAGUAAAAGGUACUGAAGUACCGAAGGAGCAUUUAACUGAAGGUCCAGUGCUAGAUGAAAAAGAACCUGGAGUAACAACGGAAUACGUAUCUGCAGAAACAUCAAAACAAACAGAAUCACCGAAGGAAGAAGAAGAUAUACACCGAGAUCAUAUAACCGAACUUCCAGUAGUGAGUGAGGAAGAAACUGAAAAACCACAUGAACAUAUUACACAUAAGCCCUUAACCGAAAGUACAGAAUUACCCCAAGAACAAAUCACUGAAAAGGAAAUAGAAGAAAAAGUUACAGAACAUCCGGUGGGUACAGACCUUCCACAUCACACAGACUACGUAACAGAAGGACAUGAGGAACCAGCUAAGGUUACUGAACAACCACAGUCUCAAGUGACAUUAGCUGAAACUGAUGCAAGUAGAACUACUGAAGGACCUCAGCAAAGUACUCAAGUACCACAAGAACAUCCACAAGAACCUCAAAUUACUGAACAACAACCUUCUGAAAAACCAGAUUAUAUUACUGACGGUAAACUUGAUGAAACAACGAAAUAUGCCGAAGAAACUUCACCUGUCGAGGGUGAAACUCCUGAACAAUAUCCUGUUGAGCACGAUCACAUCCCUGAGGGCCCUGAACAAGAAACUGAGCAACCGAUUUCAGAAGCGACAGGAAAACCGGAAAUGGAUCAAGCUGCAACCUCUGUGCCUUCUGUAGAAACUGGAACCGAAAAACCACAAAAGAUACCUGGGGAAAUAUCCCCUGCUGUUGAUGGACAAACUGAAGAAAGUAUAACAGAACAUGCAGCACGACCAACUGAAGAGAUCAUAACAGAACACACAGUACAACCAGUUGAAGUUUCUACUAAGGAACCACUUAAAGAGGGUGAAGUUGUUACUGGUGGUUACGUGCCAGAAAAAGAGGAAGAAUCUACUGGAGUACCUCAACAACCAAGUGGUGAUGAAAAACCUGUAGGACCUGUUGGUGAGGUUGGAACUGAGCAAGUACCUGAAAAAGAAGGUGAAGCUACAACUGUGAAGUAUAUACCGGAGAAACAAGGUACCGAAUUACCUGAACAAUCAACUGAAGGUGAAGUGUCUGCUACCGUACUACCUGUAGAACACGUACCAGAGAAAGAAAGUGAAGGUACUACAGCGAAAUCUGGACCCGAACCAGAAACUACUGAAAUGCCUCAAGAACCAACAAAAGAUGAAGAGCAUGAAGUACCAAUUCAACAGGUACCAAUUGAAGACGGAGGUACUACACUCAAACCUAUAUCCGGAACUGAACUACCACGACAACCAGUUGAAGAUGAAGAACAUGCCAUACCAACUGAACAAUUCCCAGUUAAAGAGGAAGAAGGUACUACAGUUAAGUCUAUAUCCGAAACUGAGUUACCACAAGGACCUGGUGAGAGUAUUGAGCCUGCGACUGAAGAACCAAUUAAAGAGAGUGGUAUUACUACCGUUAAGUCUGUCACACAAGAGGGCGCAGAACUGCCACACGUACCAAGUGAAGUUGUAGAACCAGAAACACCAAUAACUGGAACACCAGUCGAAGAAGAGCCUGGUAAAGGACCUACUACUUCUAAAUAUAUUCCCGACAAGGGAGAAACUACUGAAACACCCGAGAAACCAGGCAAAGAAGAAGAAGAGCCAACAGUUACCGGAACCGAAAUGCCUUCUGAAGCUGCAACUGGCGAACCAAAAGUUACAGAAAUACCUUCACAUAUUUUACCUGAAGAACAUAGCGAAGAACCUACUGCAACAGAAGAAAUGCCUGGUGCAUUUACACCUUCCGUUCCCUCAGAAAAAGAAGGUGAAACUACUGAACAACCACCAUACAAACCAUCUGUACAUGACGAACUGGAACAUCCUUCAGAAGAAGACCACGGCAUACCUGGUGAAGGCAGCUGCUUAGUUGAUGGACAAACAUACAAGAACAAUACUAAUGUUCCUCCGAUAAAUCAUUGUCAAAUAUCUUGUAAAUGUAUGAGUUCUAUUUUGCAAUGCGAAUCUGUGACUUGUACUCCACCGCCAUCAAACUUACAACAUUGUAUGCCUGUUUAUCAGGGACCCGAUAGCUGCUGUCCUACAUAUAGUUGCACCGUACCAGGUGUCACCAGUAUGGAAUCCGACAGUCACAGAGUAGAAACUACCACAACAGAAACAGCUCCUGGUACAAUCGGUGUUAAUGUUAUUAUUCCCAGUGAAGAAGGUACAGUCAGACCUGAAAGUACUACGGGAUCUGGUCGCGAUGCAACUGAAUUGCCAGAAUUUGUUCUCCCAGAAAAGCCUAUCACAAAACCGCAAUUACCUGAAGAGCAAGUUCCAGAACACGAAACCGAACUUCCUGCACAAAUACCUGAAGAUCACGUUACAGAAAUCACAACUGGCAAACCGAUAGAACAUAUUCCCACUGGCAAACCGACAGAACAUAUUCCCACUGGCACAGAGGUUCCAGUAACGGAAAGUGAAAUUUCAAAGGUUACUGUACCUGUUGUGCACGUGACUGAACCGGGACAUGAUAUUGAGAAAGAAACAGAACAACCAGCUGUAGAAAUUGGUCAAGAAGCCUCCACAGGCAAACCAGUUUCUGAAGAACAGCCAGAGUUACAAGGAACAACAGAAUAUCCAAAAGGUGUGGUUCAUGAUCAAACCCCUGAAGAAGAAAUACCGGAUGACGAGGAGAAUUUGAUAACAGGUCACACAAGUCCGUCAUACGAUAUUUCUCCAACUCGUUUGCCCGAAGUUGAACCUGCGACUGAAAUAAAGAUGCCUGGUGAAAUCGAAAGUACAACCGAACCACGACCGCAACAUAUACCAGGCGAAGGUGUUACAGAAAGUGCAGUUGCUCAGACAGAAAAAGAAAUACCUUCAGACUUCAUUACAACAAAACCAAGUGAAGUUCCGGGAGGUGUUUCCGAAUUGACUACGAAACAACCAGUCGAAAUCGAAGGUUUGACAGAUGAGGUUCCAAUAACUGUUACAGAAAGUGAAGAACAAGAAGGUGUAACACAUGACGAAUAUGAACCUUCAGUACAUGUACCAGAAAUGGAACCUGGGAAAAUUACAACUGAACAUGUUUCAGAAACUGUAACUGAAAGCAAACAACCAGGAAUUGGCGAAGUGACUGAAAUACCUAAAGGAGUUAGUGACGAGGGUGAAGUGGAGAAAGAAAAAGUGACUACAGUCAGACCAGAAAGUGGCACUGAGACAGUUAAGGAACAUAUUCCAGAACAACCAAGUGUUACUGAAGGUGUCACAGAAGAAAUUCCAAGCGUUACACAAGAACCUUCAAAACCAGGUGUUACUGAAAGUACCGAAGAAGAAAUUCCAAGCGUUACACAAGAACCUUCCAAACCAGGUGUUACUGAAGGUGUCGAAGAAGAAAUUCCACACGGUACACAUGAACCCUCAAUACCAGGUACCGAAAGUGGCGAAGAAGAACUUCCAAGCGUUACACAAGAACCUUCAAAACCAGGUGUUACUCAAGGUGUCGAAGAAGAAAUUCCAAGCGUUACACAAGAACCUUCCAAACCAGGUGUUACUGAAGGUGUCGAAGAAGAAAUUCUAAGCGUUACACAAGAACCUUCCAAACCAGGUGUUACUGAAGGUGUGGAAGAAGAAAUUCCACACGGUACACAUGAACCCUCAUUACCAGGUGCCGAAAGUGGCGAAGAAGAAAUUCCAAGCGUUACACAAGAACCUUCAAAACCAGGUGUUACUGAAGGUGUCGAACAAGAAAUUCCAAGCGUUACACAAGAACCUUCCAAACCAGGUGUUACUGAAGGUGUGGAAGAAGAAAUUCCACACGGUACACAUGAACCCUCAUUACCAGGUGCCGAAAGUGGCGAAGAAGAAAUUCCAAGCGUUACACAAGAACCUUCAAAACCAGGUGUUACUGAAGGUGUCGAAGAAGAAAUUCCACACGGUACACAUGCACCCUCAUUACCAGGUGCCGAAAGUGGCGAAGAAAUUCCAAGCGUCACACAAGAACCUUCAAAACCAGGUGUGGAACCAGAACGUGACGAAACUGCGACAACUGAAAUUAAGAAGGAACCUGAAACAGGUACAGAAUCUGGCGUUACAGCACCUGAAGCACCAGUUACGGAACGAGUGGAAGAACCUAUUCCACACUUUGAUGGUGAGCAUCAUGAGGAAGAAGAAGAAGAACAAGAAGAAGAAAAGGAAACGACAGAUCAAUAUAAACCCGAAGAGCAUGUAACUGAACCACAUAUUGUUACUGAAGUUCCAGAAAAAGUUACUUCAAAACCGGAGGUGCCUGUUGUUACCGAAAAACUUCCAGGACAAUUCGAAACAGAACCUGAGAUCUUACAAACAGUGACUGAAGUAGGUAUCACUGAAAAAAUGCCCCCAAGUGUUAGUCACGUAACUGAAAAACCAGAGGAGGAUCACAUACCCGAACAAGAAGGUGUGACACACGUUCCGGAAAUUCCAGAGAAAGGCACUGAAAAAGCGCCUGGCGAAGAAACUGAACCUUCAGAACACGUACCUGGUCAACAACCAGAGGUACCUACCACGGAAGAAAUGCCUCCAAGUGCCAGCCACAUAACUGAAAAACCAAAGGAGGAUCACAUACCCGAACAAGAAGGUGUGACAUUUGUUCCGGAAAUUCCUGAGAAGAGCACUGAAAAAGCACCUGGCGAAGAAACUGAACCUUCUGAACAUCUACCUGGUCAACAACCUGAAGUCACCACCGUACCAGGAGCCACGAUUCCUGAACAUGUUCCUGGUGAAUCACCUAAAAUUACAACUAUACAUCCAGAACAUAUUCCUUCCGGAGAAGUUACAGAAAAACCCACUGAAGAACAACAGCCUACUGCUACAGAAAAACAAGGUGAACCAUCAGUUUCUCAAGAACCUGGAGUUACUGAACAAGAAGGUGAAUUCACGACGGCUCGCUACGCUCCUACACCAGUGCAUGUACAUCCUGAACAAGAAGGUACUACCGAUGAAUUACCACAAAUCACAGGAGAAGAAGGGGAACACACCACAAGCGGAUAUACAGUAUCUGAAACCAGUCCGUCUAUACCACAACAAGCACCGGAAGAAGGUGAACAUACAACUACUCGCUACGUACCGCAUGAAGUUAAUUCUGCUGUGCCAGAACAUAUUCCAGAAGAAGGCGAACAUGCAACUACUGGCUAUGAACCACAAGGUAGCUCUGUUGUACCAGAACACAUUCCAGAACAAGAAGGUGAACAUACAACUUCUGGGUACGUCCCACACGAAGGCAGCUCUGUCGCACCAGAACACGUUCCAGAAGAAGAUACAACUUCGGCUUACAUACCACAUGAAGGUAGCUCGACUGUACCAGAACACGUCCCAGAAGAAGAAAGUGCACAUGCAACUAGUGGUUACACGCCACAAGAAGGUAGCACUAUUGUCCCAGAACAUAUUCCAGAAGAAGAAAGUGCACAUACAACCGCUGGAUAUAAACCACAAGAAGAUAGCACUCGAGUACCAGAAUAUGUUCCAGAAGAAGGCGAACAUACAACUGCUGGUUAUGUACCACCUGAAGCUAGUCCUGUCAUUCCAGAAGAAGAAGAAAUUGCGACUGUGCUUCCGACUCGUGUUCCUGGAGAAGGUGGUGAAGUUCCGGAAAAAGAGGGAGAAUCUACCACUUCUAGCCACAUAUUGCCCGAAACUAUACCAGAAAGUGUACCAGGAAAAGAAGGCACUACAUUGUCUCCUAGUUUGGUUCCUGAAAGCAGCACUUCUCCUGAAAGUAUGCCUGAAGUUACAGAUAAAGACGGACAACCAUCUGUAUCCGAAACUACUACUCCAACAUCUAAGGAAACACCGAAAACAUCUAGACCCUUCGUUUACAUUCCCCCUAUUUAUGAGGGUGAUCAAACACCUGAACAGGAUGAAAUUGAAAAGGGCGAUGAACACACUACUGCUGUUUAUGAACCUGAAGGCAGUACUGCUGCUCCAGGUGUACCAGAACAUGUACCAGAGCACGUACCAGAACACGGAACUUCUACUCUCACUCCUUCUGUAAUACAUGGAGAAGCCACUGAAGCCGCCGAAAAAGUAGAUGAAAUACCCGAAUCAACUGUUGCAACUGAACCCGAAGUUCCUAAAGUGACAGUAGCUCCGGUUGAACAAGGUGAAGCUGCUGAACCUGAAAUUCAUGGAACGAUGGACACUCCAGUUGAACACGAUGAUGUUGCUGAACCUGAAAUUCACGGAACGAUGGAGACUCCAGUUGAACACGAUGAUGAUGCUGAACUUGAAAUUCAUGGAACGAUGGACACUCCAGUUGAACCCGCUGAUGUUGCUGAACCUGAAAUUCCUGGAACGAUGGACACUCCAGUUGAACACGAUGUUGUUACUGAACCUGAAAUUCCUGGAGUGACAGACGUUCCAAUUAAACAAGGUGAAGUAACCGAACAUGAAAUUCCUACCGUGCCAGGAGUACCAGCUGAACAAGGUGAAGUUGCCGAACCUGAAACUCCUGGAGUGACAGACGUGCCAGUUGAACAAGGUGAAGUCACUGAACAUGAAAUUCCUGCCGUGACAAGUGUUCCAGUUGAACACGAUGAAGUUGCUAAACCUGUGGUCACUGUCACUCCUGUGCCUACUGAACAAGCAACAGAGAAAGCUGAAGGUACCGAAAAAGGAGUUCCACAAUUACCUACCGAAGUUCCAUCACACGGAGUUACAGAACCACACAAAGAAGGCGAAGAAGCAGUAACUGAAGUCUCGCAACCACCGAAAGAAGUUUUGCCUGAACAAACCACCGGACAAGAACCAACGAAAGAACAAGUUACUGAAGUACCGUCGUAUGUAGGUACACAACCACCGAAAGAAAGCCUUCCUGGACAAGAACAAGUUACAGAAAAGGAAGAACAAGCUACUGAAGGUGUUCCUGUCGAGACAGUUAAACCCGUGACACCUAGCGCUGAAGAUGAAAGCAAACUGACUGAAAUCCCUCCACAGAAACCAGAAGAAAGCGUGACUGAGUACGUCAGCCCUAUUUCGACUGAGAAACCACACGAAGUUCCUACAACGGUACAACCUGAAAAACGUCCUGCCAUUCCAGGCGAAGGUGAAGAACCCACCGGCAAACCAGAAGAAGCAUUCACCUCUCCUACGUUUACCUCAACCCCUACUCCUAGUACUGGGUUAUACACUUCAGGACCCAAAGAAGACGACACCACGAAGAAAUCCAUCCCAGGUGAACUGUCCACGUCAGCUCCGUCCACGCCUCUCACAAGUUCAACCACCGCACACCCACCACACCACAUUCCUGAAGAACCCGAGUACCAAACUCCGGAAGAGGAAGAAUACGAUGAAGAUCAAAGUGCCUUUGGUCCAGGAACCUGCCGGUACGGCGGCAAGGUUUACGUUUCCGCUCAGCAGAUACCUCGCGACGAUCCUUGCGAUUUCUGCUUCUGCUUCCGCAGUGACAUCAUCUGCUUGCAGCAGAGUUGUCCACCGCCAAUUCCUCGAUGUCACGAAGAGCCCAUUCGUGGCUUCUGCUGCCCGAGGUACGAAUGCCCCGUUUCUAUGGCCACUAGCAUCAAUGUAACAACGACCACUACGACAACGACGACCACGUUACCUCCGCACUUCUUCUCGCACGCUUACAAAGGCAGAGCCCACAGGAGCGGAUGUCAAAUCCAGGGCAGAGCGUACAACGUUGGUGAAGAGAUUAAGUCAGCGUCUGGACCCUGCCUCCACUGCACAUGUGGCGGCAACGGUCAAAUGAAAUGUGAUCCAAAAGCCUGCAGUCCCGAACCGAUGUUGAGGCAGAUGAUAGCCGCGGCGGAGUCGAGGAGGAGGAGAUGAGCCCUCGAAGGAUAUAGUGACAAUGCACGAGUCAGCAGUGUUGUGCAAGUGAUAAGACAGUUUUAUAAUUGAUUAGUCUCGAACUUUAAACUUAAAGCAUUCUCGGGUGCCAAAAUGAACUCUACUCUGUUGUAACUUAAUUAGGUUUUGUGCCUUUUUGUGGGGACUUCGCGAGUCCCCGUUAUUCGAUCUGAUCAUGUGCAUGUGGAAAAUUCGCACGGUAAAUCUACAAAUUGAUGUCAAGUGAUGCACACGUAUACUUUCGACUAGAUACUUAUUUAUAUUAUUAUGACUGAACUGAAAUUUUUUACAAUUUUUGUAAUUAGAUUUUUUCAAUGUCGUUUUUGAUAAGCCAUUUGAUAUACCCCACGGGCUCUUAAUAAUUAGUGUUAUUUGUGUUGCGUAUCCCGACCGAGUCUGAGUUGUUUGACUAGCAGAAAAUUCUAUUUUAUGUAGCUUAAACGGAUAUGUACUUUAAAUUACAAAAAAUAUUCUGCUACUUGAACGCUUAGACGAAUACUUGUAUAUUAACGGAUGCUCAAUAUUAUAUAUAAUUAAGUAGAACAUGUAGUAUUUAUCUAUAAUUAAAAGUAAAUAAAUUAUGUAAAUGAUUUUA